GCUCUCUCAUGUUAUUGAAAGCAUCAUGGCAGGUUAGAUCCGACUGCUUCAUUCAACUAGAAUUUGCAAUGCAGUAAAACAGGUCUGUGUAUAAACCUGCAUCUCCCACGCCUUACAGACAAACCAGUGGCCAUGUCUCAGAAGGACCAGAAAGAAGCGUUUGUCAGUAAUCUCAAUGGGACCAGUCUGCAGGAGGUGGCGCUGGGCUCAUUUCUCGCCCCGCUGUGCCUCAUCACCAGAGGACUCCUCCUGAUCCUCUACCAUCAGGCCAAAGGGAGUCUUCCUCUGCCACUUCCACUGAUUUCUCACCUGCUUCUGGACUUCUCGGUGCUUAUCCUCCCCCUCGUCCUGUCCUGCACUGUCCUGAGCGACAUUCUUCACCAUGUCAUAUUCAUCUCAACCUGUGUCCUAGCUUGCACGAUCUUCUACAUCUACCGCACCAACAGGCCUCCUGCUCGACACCCGCAGUCCGCCAUCAGCACCUUCCUUCAGAGUCACGUUCAAUUCAAACAGAUUCCCUUUGUCACCAUCUUUAGAGUGUUAGUGAAUGUGAAAACAGCUAUCAGCAUUCUCGCUGUAGACUUCAGUGUCUUCCCAAGGCGAUACGCUAAGACGGAAACCUAUGGAACAGGCGUUAUGGAUUUUGGUGUUGGAGCAUAUGUCUUUGCGAAUGCCCUCGUCUGUCCAGAGGCACGGAGGAAGAACGUCUCUGGAUCCAAGAUGAAUCAUAUCUCCAAGCAGCUACUGUCUGUCUGGCCCCUGGUUGUUCUUGGCAUGGCACGGCUAGUGGCUGUCAAAAUGACCGGCUACCAUGAGCAUGUGACAGAAUACGGCGUCCACUGGAAUUUCUUCUUCACACUUGCCAUCGUGAAAGUUGUAGCUUCAGUGGUUUUGAUUGUUUUACCAAUCAGCCAGUGCUGGCUCUUUGCCCUGCUGAUCAGUGGAUUUUAUCAGUUUGCUCUGGAGACAACAGAGCUCAAAGCUUUCCUUAUCCACAACAAUGACAGAGAGAAGGACCUCCUGCACGCUAACAAGGAGGGCAUUUUCUCUGUAGUGGGCUAUGUGGCUAUCUACAUGGCAGGAGUUCAGAUUGGACUCUAUGUGAUGCAGCCUAGAACCCAGGUUAGAGAGUGGCUCAAAGCACUUUUUAACAUUAUGUUGGGAAGUCUUGUGCUUUAUGCAGCUUUGUACGCAUGUCAGACCUUUGUGGAGCCAGUGUCACGGCGCUUCGCUAAUUUAUCUUUCUGCCUUUGGAGUGUUGCCCAGUCCCUGUUUUUUAUGCUAUGCCUCGCUGCAGCCGAUAUGAUUUUACUGUUUUCCAAAAGAACGUCAGGCUGUCACUUGUUGCCGUUGUCAUGGAAUCUGUAUAAAAAGCAAUCGUCAGACUCAGUCUCUGAGAAGGAGAGAGAAGAGAUGGACAGACUUUGCCUCAUUCAAGCUGUCAGCAGGAAUCAGCUACUGUUUUUCUUGCUUGCAAAUGUCAUGACAGGAUUGACCAACUCCAUGGUGAACACGCUCAGUUGCAGCAGUGUGUUUUCAGCAUCUGUUUUGCUGGCGUACAUGUUCAUGAAUUGCAUUGUAAUAUAUGUUUUACAUCUAUGUGGAAUUACAGUUAAAUUCUGGUAA